UUAAUGAAAGAUGAACAUGGGUCAUCACACUGCUGCAGUACGUGUGCACGUUUGUGUGUGGUUGCGUGUGCAAGAGCCCAUUCCACACACAAACAUAUAAUGUCACACUCACAGUGAGGAGCAAAUAUUGCCCCCUCCCUCCCCACCACAGGUUUCUCUGUUAUCUACAGUCACAAUCCUUCUUUUUUCUCUUUUAGAUUCUCUAACCUCUUGCCACAUUUCUGCACUCUUCCUCUCGUGAGGCUUUUUUCCACCAGCAUCAAGCUUUGAUUUUCUUCCUCUCGUAUCCAGUGAUGUCGUCUCUUCUGAGGGAGGAGAUGGCGAGAGUUUUAUUUCGACCUGAAAAACAGAGACUGGUGGAGUUUAUUGAGAUUGAGGAGCCGGGAGAAGGACGACAUUUUCUCUGUGUCUCAGUUGCAAAAAAUAAACUGGUGCAGGUAUGUAUAGUGCGAUGUCAGCUAUCGCAGUCCUUUAAGACUGGAUCCAAGAAGAGCCACACUAAACGCUCUAGCAUACAGGACUGCUACAGGAGAACUGAGAUCUGGUCUCUGCAGGACCUGUCUCUGGUUGACGGGCGGGACCCUGAUGUGGAUGACCCCUGUUUCCUGCUGCAUUUUGACAAAGUGCGGACAGUGACGGCGGUGAGCUGCUCAGCCAAAUAUACCAUUGUUCGUGCCUUGGUGGCUGUCAGUGAUCAGUACUGUCAGAGGUCACUGAACCUGCGGAACUUUGACUGGAGCUACAUCAAGCCCACGUCCUUCUACUCCAACAGAGGAGACUGUGUGGUUCUCACACAGAUUUGCUUUUAUGCAUUCAAUUUGGUGUGUUUGUCUAUGUGCCCUGUGCCCCUUGAUGCCUAAUGAAAGAAACAGUCAUUAUGCACAUGUGUGUAAAUUCCAGUGUGUAUAUGUGUGUCAGAUUGAGAAACUGUGAUUACUGGAGAAUGUGUAGAUUUUAAUUUUUGGUUCUGUUGAACCAACCACAUGUUUUUUAUGUAAUUUAUUUACCAUUUAAUUUUGCAUUAUCAUUGUGCUAAAUGUAUCUUUGGACACAGGGGCAAGUAUCAAAGCAGCUUGGUAUUUAUUAAUUGUAAGCUGAUUAUGUGAUUUUUGUAAAAACGUAUCUGUGAAAGUGUGUAUGUAAAAUAUGGAUUUUAAGAGAG